GCCACGAGUUAGCGGCGAAUUUGGAGAGUGUCCAUUUUGAGCAGCGAGUCGGCGUCUCCGGUAUUUUCCUGUUAAAUCUUUCAGAGAACCCACCGUUAGAAUGGCAGACGCUGAAAAUCUGCUCAUGGAGACAUCAGAGCAGAACGGUAACGAGGGAGAGGAAGACCAGAACGGAGCCGAGCAGGAGCUCAUGGGCGGAGAGGAUUGCCAGGAUGGUCAGGAUGAUCAGGAAUGCCAGGAUGGCCAGGAUGGCCUGGAGGGCCAGGAGGGCCUGGAGGGCCUGGAGGGCCAAGACAACGGCACAGAUGGAGGCAAGAUUGACGCCAGCAAAGGAGAGGAAGAUGCUGGUAAAAUGUUCGUGGGCGGCCUCAGCUGGGACACAAGUAAAAAAGACCUGAAGGAUUACUUCAGUAAGUUCGGCGAGGUGUCAGACUGCACCAUCAAGAUGGACUCCAACACUGGCCGAUCUCGAGGCUUCGGCUUUGUCCUCUUCAAAGACUCUGCCAGCGUGGACAAGGUACUGGAGCAGAAGGAACACAGACUGGACGGGCGUCAGAUUGACCCCAAGAGGGCGAUGGCCAUGAAGAAGGAGCCUGUCAAAAAGAUCUUUGUUGGCGGUUUGAACCCAGAAGCAACUGAGGAAACCAUCAGGGAAUAUUUCGGGGCCUUUGGAGAGAUUGAAACCAUUGAACUUCCCAUUGACCCCAAAUCAAAGAAAAGGAGGGGUUUCAUCUUUAUCACAUACAAAGAUGAAGCCAGCGUCAAGAAGUGUCUGGAGAAGAAAUACCACAACAUCGAGGGCGGCAGGUGUGAGCUGAAGAUCGCUCAGCCGAAAGAGGUGUACCAGCAGCAGCAGUAUGGAGCGGGACGAGGCGGCGGUUAUGGAGGCCGGGGAGGGAGAGGCCGUGGAGGUCAGAGCCAGGGCUGGAACCAGGGAUAUGGAAACUACUGGAACCAGGGAUACGGUAAUCAAGGCUAUGGCUAUGGUGGAUACAGCGGCUAUGGCAACUAUGACUACUCUUCUGGUUACUAUGGAUACGGUCCUGGAUAUGAUUACAACCAGGGCAGUGCCAGCUACGGGAAAACCCCAAGACGGGGGGCACACCAGACCGGCUACAAGCCAUACUGAUGAUCACAUGGACUCGCGAUCCAGUGAGACCGACAGCCGGACGGAUACACUGAUCCUGACUCAACCUCUUUUAUGACAGAAGACCAUUUGUACAGAAAACAACAGAAAUGUAACUUUUCCAUGUUUUUUUUUUUGUUUUGUUUUUUUUAUCCUUUUCAGUUUUUAGGUAUUACUUUUCCCUUUGGUGUUCUUUUUUUUUUUUCUUCCCCUCCACAUUUCCACAGAAGGAAGUGUAAUUUUUACUGUACUUUUUGGUACCUGUUUUGAUUCUAAUGUAUUGUAAGGGUUGUAUUUUACAUGUUUGCUGGCUUUACAGGUUAAAAAAAUCUUGGCGCUGUAAAGGAGCUUUUUUUGACAAAUAAAAGCCGUUUUCAGUAAUAACUUUUUGUUCUGAUGCUUCCAGGCUCUGGGGUGGAAGAUUGAAACCAGCUCAACAACUUUUUUUUAAUGGUUUUAUUAUGAUGAUUUUUUGGUUUUGAUCUGUAAUAAUGAAAAAUGUUAGGCAGGUAACUUUAAAGUUAUUUAGCUUAACUCAGGAAUUGUAUUUCACAUCCCCACAGAGGACACGUUUGUGUUUUUGUCUUUUUUUUUUUUUUUUUUCUCCAUUUUUACAUGUAGUGUAGUGUACCAUUUAAGGAAUUUAAACUCUCAGUCAUAAUUCCUUAAACCUUGAAGGACUGCCUGAAAGCUUUUGUCUAAGAUGUUCUGAUUUUACAAAGUAAACACCUCAAAGCAUGCACAUGUGUUGGAUGAAAUAUAAUAUAGCCAUGCAGCCACCUAACUACAUGUAACUACGGACCUCUUACUAUAUUUACGCCAUUUUUUAUUUUUAAACCAACCAAACUGUUAGUUUCUGUGCUGGUUUAGUUUGCUUGUCAAGUUAUUCUUAGAAAUAACUUCUGAAGUUAAAUGUCUGCUUAGUUUUUCUGGAUGGACUUCAGGCCUUUGGAGUGUCCUCAGCCAGUGUCCCUGGCUGUAUAUUAGAAAUAAACGUUCUUGUUUGUAAUUGUUUUUCCUAAUGCUUAAUGUUACUGUUAAUUAUGAACUGAGCCCUGAACAAGAGCUUUGUUU